CUGUAUCGGGACAACAAGAACCAUGACGGUUAUGGUUUUUCCAUUGAAAGAUUUGUUGGAUCUCAUUUCCAGCAAUAUCAAAUCGAUUCAUCUCAAAGUCGAUGCCGAAGGCGCCGAUUUGCAAGUCCUCAAAUCUGCCAGCGAUUCGCUGAAAAAGGUAUCGAGUGUUGUUAUUGAAUGUCAGGAUUUGGAAUCCAAUGACAAACGCAUCCUACGACAAGGAUCCUGUCUCUUGUCACAAGCCAACGAGUACAUGUGUCAAAUGCAAACCUUUUGCAAUACAAAGGCAGAAAUCUCGGGACCAAAAGAUCGCAUGGUCAAUGCCUUUUUUACCAAACAAUCACCAUCAUCAUCAAUUUAUGUGCCAUCCUAUUUGCAAAAAUCGGGGGUUCAGUUUUUCAAGUGGUAUCAGUCCAUUGCAUCAGGAGUUGUAGUCUCAUGAUUCGAUUCUUCUUUCGUCGUCCCCAAACAAUAUCGUACUCUACGGUACCUCCACUUGUCCUUCACGGGUCGGUUGGUUAAAUACUUGGGGCAUCCAAACCAAGCAACACUGCACUUGGGGUAGUAUCCAAACAAAAGAAUUGGAGCAAUCCUAUAUGCGCCGACAGUAGAUGCCUCCUCAUGCUAUGUUCAUGGCCCUGUUCUCUAUAUUAUGCACCUUAAAAAAAAAAGAUUCUGAUUUGUCUU